CCAUGACUCUCCGCUGCAUUUCAACAAGGAAAGAUACCUCCUACUCCAUUCUCUGCUCCUCCUCCUGCAGGGGCAAUGAUCCCACCUCCCCCCAGUCUCCCGGGUCCUCCUCGCCCUGGUAUGAUGCCAGCGCCCCACAUGGGGGGCCCUCCCAUGAUGCCCAUGAUGGGCCCUCCUCCUCCUGGGAUGAUGCCAGUGGGACCUGCUCCUGGAAUGAGGCCACCUAUGGGAGGCCACAUGCCAAUGAUGCCUGGGCCCCCAAUGAUGAGACCUCCUGCCCGUCCCAUGAUGGUGCCCACUCGGCCAGGAAUGACUCGACCGGACAGAUAAGGAGAGACGGGAACCUCUUUGUACUCAUUUUAUAUUACUUGUUCUACUUCACCAGGAGAUCGUGGUGCUGUGACUCUGGGUGUUUUCUCACAGCAGGACAAGGAAGACUUGCUGCCCUUCCUAUCAAAGAGAGAAUAGUUUUUGCAGGGGAGUAGUGGGACAAAAAAAAGUAAUUUUCAUUUGUAUCGUGAAAUGUGAAAAUAAAAUUGUCAGCUGUUUUAGUUAAAAACCUGUUCCCUUUUUUCUCCCCUCUGUAGUCCUUGUGCAUUAUAAAAGAGAUGAAGUAUUCUGGUUGUGUUUCUCUAGCUCGUUCUCUCUGCAGGAUGCCCUCUGCAUGACAUUCUUUUUCCUCAGCUAUAGUGAGUCCCUUUGGACACCCUGCCUUUAUUUAGAAAAGUUCUUUUGUGCAAGACCUGGUAAACCUAACACUUGUAGAUUAAAAGUAUCAACUUUUUGUUGGUUAAAACAAUAAACAGGGGACGCCUGGGUGGCUCAGUUGGUUAAGCAGCUGCC